CUCCCCCUCCCGCGAGGUGAAACUGCUCCCAGCCGCUUGCAGACGUCCCCCUUUCUGCCUGAGGCUGCGCCUUUAGCUGACAGGACCCCUACCCACUUGGUAACGGUUCCCAGAGGAUGCCGGCUGUUGGUGUAUCUCACUCCAAUAUCAUCGCCAAGGGGGCUUUCAAAGUCGCUCCCUCGCUUUUAUUCCUUUCUUUUGACAUACUAUCACCCUCCGUUCCCCCAACCUCCAUGGAGCAGGGGCAGAGGCGCCUGUACGCUCUGUGAUACUAAUGGUCGCCAGACAGCCUCCGACUUCUUCUCGGAAAGGGCAGGGGGAUGUGGAAAAAAUUCUGGUUCCCUCCCCUUAAGGCUGCCGGCUUUCGCUUUCACUUCCUCCUCAGAAGGCGGACAGAUCUCUGGGUGCCAGGCGGCCAUGGCGCUGCUGGAGGUGUGCGGAGCCCCCCGAGGGCAGCGGGAGGACUGGGCUUUCCCUGUCCUGGGAAGCCAGCUUCGCUCGGAGCCCGGACACUACAGUUUCUCUGUGCUGUCUCCGGAGCUCGCCCAUGCAGCCCACUGAAUUACUCAAGUCUCUGGGUGGAAAUGGAGAAAAGAACGAUAAGAUUGAGAUGGCCCUUGGCACUACCACCCUCGCCUUCAAGUUCCAGCAUAGAGUGAUUGUGGCGGUGGAUUCUCGGGCCACAUCCGGGAAUUACAUUAGCACCAUAAGGACGAACAAGGUGAUUGAGAUUAACACGUACCUGUUGGGCACCAUGUCUGGAUGUGCGGCGGACUGUCAGUACUGGGAGCGUCUGCUGGCCAAGGAGUGCAGGCUGUAUUAUCUGCGGAAUGGGGAGCGUAUCUCAGUGUCAGCAGCCUCUAAACUGCUCUCCAACAUGAUGUGCCAGUACCGCGGCCUGGGCCUCUCCAUGGGCAGUAUGAUCUGUGGCUGGGACAAGAGUCCUGGACUCUACUACGUGGAUGACUAUGGGACUCGGCUCUCAGGAAACAUGUUCUCCACGGGUACCGGGAACACCUUUGCCUAUGGGGUGAUGGAUAGCAGCUAUCGGCCAAAUCUUAGCUGAGAAGAGGCUUAUGACCUGGGCCGCAGGGCUAUUGUUCAUGCUACCCACUGAGACAACUAUUCUGGAGGAGUUGUCAAUAUGUACCAUAUGAAGCAAGACGGCUGGGUGAAAGGAGACAUCAGUGACCUGAUGUACCAGUACCGGGAGGCCAGUCAGUAGCAGUGGCAGCGGCUGGGCAGGCCUCCUCUGGAAAGCCUGGCUGACUCGGGGACCUGGACCAGUUUUUACCCUGGGAGAAGAAGGCCCUAACUUGAGCCCUGGGGGAAAGAAUUGGCAGCUUUGGGGCAAGGCAGAGUUUCCCCUUUUGUGUGUUCUCUCUUUCAAGGAACACUUGCCUAUCACAACCUUCUGGGUGCCCACUAAGCACAAUAAAGGAAAACGGUUACAAAUG